AUGGUCGUUAUGGAAGAAGAUUGGAGAUCUAUUUCGUCUCACUCGAGUGAAGGAAAACCCUCAGGCCCCCCUGGAGCGAAUAGAUUGACAUUUGGGGUCGAGCUUGGGCUCUUGAUCGCUUGUCGACCCUCACCGGGAGCCCCGGACCCUGACUCAGAUGACCCUCGUUCGAUCGACGGGAUUGUCGAAGCCCGCCAAUACAGGGGCAACGAUUGGGAGGAUAGGCAGGGACAAGUUCAAAAGAACGUCGGCAAGUUUCUUAAAAGCGCUGGAUUGAUGAACGUAAACGACGGUCAAAAGAAUCCUAAAAUGCAAGAUUGGAUUGUGAAGGAUGACAUCAGUUUAAACGCGGACGCGGCAGGAUAUGACUUUAUGCAAGUAGAGAUUGUAUCACCGCCAUUCUAUUCAUCAAAAGAGGCUGUAAGUCAGGUAGGUGCAGUGUGCGAUUUGCUUACAUCCAAGUACCGGAUUGUGUGUAACGAGACCACAGGGUUGCAUUGCCAUGUUGGGUACGGGAAUCAUGGAUUUUCACCACGCGUACUUUCCAAUAUUUUCGCAACCAGCUGGACAUUCUAUCCUCUUUUAGACAGCCUUCAUCCAUCUCGUCGUCGAGGAGAUCACCCCCAAAAAGAGAAAUCAUACUCUCCUAGUAUUAAAAACUUUUCACAUCUCGCAGUCGAUGUACAAGAUCUCCCAGAUAGAAACAUGGCCGGCCUUAAAACGAUACUCGAGACUCGAGGUAACGUAGGUCCCCAAGAAAUCUUGCAUCUAAUGCAGCCAGCAGUUGCCGGUUACGGUCGUCUAGCCUACAACAUCAGCAACAUAGCGGCGUGGUUCGACUUUACUUUGGCAGCAGCGUUUGGUAACCCGCGCAUAAAGAAGACCAUUGAAUUCCGACAGCAUGAAGGAACCCUUGCGAGCCGAAGGAUCAAGAGUUGGAUCAACGUGUGCCAGGGACUGGUCAGAUUCGCUGAGAGGGUUGAUGAUGCUGCGCUUGAUAAGUUUCUGCUGAGGCACAUUAACGAUAAUCAGGACACCGACUACACGGCUAUUGAUCUACUGAAAGCAAUUGCUCUACCCGACGAGGCAGCAUUCUACAAACAGUGGUUCCAAGAACAUCCUGGAUGGCUUGAUCCUCCAUCUCCUGCCUCUGAGAGUGAGCCCUCCGGUGCGGAUGAUUAUGUAGAGGCAUUUCCUCUAACUCCUGAGGCUCUACGAGAUUUAGGCUAUAACGCCAAAUCCGAGUCUGAUUCUCCUGAGAAGCCCGUCUUUAAAAUCAUGAAGGAUAUUGAUGAAACAGAAUCAGGACCUUCAGGACCUUCAGGUCCUCCUCGACGCCAGGGCAUCCGAGUACUGGACUGGGAUACGGAAUCUAAUCCUGAGCCUUCAAAAAGUCCACCUAAAUCUAAGCCUUUAGAAGAUUCACAUGUUCCAGUCCUCGUCCGAGGAGUGGACUGGGAUACGGAAUCCAACCCCGAGCCUUCAAAAAGUCCAUCUAAAUCUGAGCCUUCAGAAGGUUCACCUGUUCCAGUCCUCGUCCGAGGAGUGGACUGGGAUACGGAAUCCAACCCUGAACCCUCAGAAGGUGAGGAGGUGUCUAACCCUGAUACCGAGUCCAACUCUGAUACUUCAGGAGAUCCACCUACUUCAAGACAGGUUGACGACGACGACUUAUUAGACUUUGUAAAUUGA